AAAGAAAAAGAAAAAAGGCCGAUGGCGGGCGAUGCCCGGGAAAAUUCCAACUGUCGAUCACGUCCAAGUCAGCGUGAGAGUUCAGCUCCCCCACUGGGCCCACUCCGGUCGUGCCACGUGUACGUUGGGACCAACUUGACCGUUUACGCGUCGCUUUCCAACGAACGAACGCACACUGCAUUAGACUUUAGCAUUCGGCAUUUCUUCUUAUUCUGCGUCCGGCCGAGAUUGGAGUUUCUUCGCCACGGAAGCCGCCAAAAUUUUCUAGGGUUUCUGGAGAUUUCGGGCGCAAGCGAAUGUCGUCGUCGGCGGAGACCAGUGACGGAGAGCACGAGGUGGAGCUGAUCGUGCACGACGCAUCACCAUCGGGGGAUGACGGUGGCGCGGCCGUCGCUGACGAGAUUGCCCCGCUCUUGACGCAGCCGGAGAAGGCCAAAAUCAAUAUUUUCACCCUCUCUUAUCCUCGAAAAACAUCUAAGGAUACAGUACGGAAAGCACUUGAAACGGAGACGUCCGCAGUAGCUCAAUUUGUUUUGUGGGUAUGGAGUGGAUCGAGAUACUCCGGUCUAAUGUGUAUGGCCAUCUCAUCUACCAUCUACUUUGUCAUGGAAGUUUUUGCAGAUGUUUUUUCUGUUCAGUCCAUUCCUUUGCUUGAGGCUGCAUUUACAAGGUGUACGAUUAUCUUGGUAUUGUCAUUUGUGUGGCUGAGAAAGUGUGGACAGCCAAUAUCUGGGCUGGCAAAUGUAAAAAAUCUUUUGAUUUCCAGAGCCCUUACUGGAUAUCUCUCACUGAUGUGUUUCAUUUAUUGCAUUCAAAGGCUACCUUUGUCUCAGGCUAUUGUAUUGAGCUUCACAACUCCAAUAAUGGCUUCGGUUGUGGCAAGAAUCAUUCUACAUGAGAAGUAUAAAAUUUCAGACGUUGGAGGUAUUGCAUGCAGUUUCUUUGGUGUGCUCUUCAUUUAUCGACAAAUGCUGACCGCACAAGAUAAAAAUGGAGGAGAGAAUACAAGUGUAAGGGGAAGCAGCUAUAUCUUUGCAGUCUUGGCCGGUUUACUUUCAUCCAUAACUGGUGGAAUCAGCUACUGCCUUACAAAGGCUGGAUCAAAGGCAUCUGAUCAGCCACUGUUGACAGUCUUUUCAUUUGGUUUACUCGCGAGUCCUGCUUCAGCAGCAAUUUGUUUGUUUACCCUUGAGGAUUUUGUUUUCCCAGAUUUGCAUUCCUUUUCAGUUAUGAUUCUACUUGGUGUUCUGGCCUUUUUUGCAGAGGUAUUCUUGGCACGCGGAUUGCAGCUUGAGAAAACCGGCAAAGUUGCAAAUGUUAUAUACAUGGAGGCUGCCCUGUCACAGUUAUGGGGCAUUGGUUCAUCAAGGAUAGCUCCAUCCUUUGGUCGAAUUAUCGGAUGUCUGCUUAUUUUCAUUUCUGUCAGUUGCACCAUGUAUUUUGGACCCGAUAAAGAUACGGAAUGACGGGUCUUCCUAUUCAUUCUUAAACUGUAUGCCUGACACCCAUUUGUUCGCUUAAAUAGUUGAGCACAAGUUAGCAAAAGCAAAUAUCUUCAUUUGCAACUGGUUGACAUAAUUAAGUCACGUCAAUAUUUUA